ACCACUCCCAGAAUUUCAAUCCCAAAACAAAAACAAAAGAAAGAAGCAAAAUCCCUCAAGAAAACCCGACCCGUAAACCCAUCACCCCCGGCGAAAUCCACCAAGAGUAAUCGGGUUAGGGUUUUGAAAAUGUCGACCCGUAACCGGCGUCCAUCGCCGUCGCUGUCUUCGUCCUCCGGUAAUCGUGCGCCAAUUCCGCAGAAUCCGAACAAGAAGGCCACGGCGGCGAAGCCUCAAGUGGCGAAGAAACGAACCGCUCUGUGUGACGUCACCAACCAAAGAAAUGGGUCUCAAAUCGGUUCACGGAGUUCUGCUUCUUCUUCGAAGCCUAUGGUGCCAUGUACAACAAAAGUUGUGAAGACAAAGAAGGAAACAUCUAGUUUCAUUAGUAAUCAUGGGAUCUCAGGGAAUGUUUUGCCUGAAUCACUCAGUUCAAAGUCAAGCAUCUUGGUUCCGUAUGGUGACACAUCAGUUUCAGGAACUCUCAAGCCUACUGAAAAAAUUGCCACUAACCAUUUUCCCAGUAGCAUAUUACACACUCUCAGAAGGAAGGAUGUCUCUCCAAGCAGAUCAGUUAGUGGUUCAGUUUCGUUGGAUGAGAGCAUGUCUACUUCCAAUUCUUUGAAGAGUCCAGAAUUUGACUAUAUUGACAGUGAGGACAUUUCUGAAGUCAAAUCUAUUGAGAAGAAAACAAUAAACAGCCUCUACACUACCGACAUCCCACAAAUAGAAGGAACUAUUCAAAAGAGAGAUAUAUUUACAGAUGCGGUGACAGGAGAAGAAAUCAUUGAUAUCGAUGACAAUCUUUCAGACCCACAGUUCUGUGCAACCAUUGCUUCUGAUAUAUACAAGUACUUGCUUGAAUCUGAGGUAAAUAGAAGGCCAUCAAUGGACUAUAUGGAAACAGUGCAGAACGACAUUGAUGCUAGAAUGCGGGCUGUUCUAAUUGAUUGGCUAGUGGAGGUUGCCGAAGAAUUCAGGCUGAUACCAGACACACUAUUCCUUGCUGUCAACUAUGUAGAUCGUUAUCUUUCGGGCAAUGCGAUGAAAAAGCAAAGAUUGCAACUGCUGGGUGUCGCCUGCAUGAUGAUUGCAGCUAAAUACGAGGAGAUUCAUGUUCCAGAGGUGGAUGAGUUCUGUUACAUUACGGACAAUACAUACUUCAAAGACGAGGUUUUGCAAAUGGAAUCUGAUGUGUUGAAUCAUUUGAAGUUUGAAAUGGCAGCUCCAACAGCUAUGUGCUUUCUGAGGCGGUUUUGUUCAGUUGCUGAAAGAACCAGCUGUGAGGUACCACCAGUGAUGUUCCAGUGCUUGGCCCACUACAUUGCAGAGUUGUCUCUUCUAGAAUACUGCAUGCUUGGCUUUGCCCCAUCGCUGAUUGCUGCUUCUGCUACUUUCUUGGCCAAAUAUAUACUCUCUCCUUUACAGAAGCCUUGGAAUUCUACAUUAAGACAUUACACAACCUACCGAGCCUCUGAUUUGUGUGAUUGUGUUAAAGUGCUGCAUCACCUAUGUUGUAAUGGCAGUGGUUCUAACUUAGCUGCAGUUCGCGAGAAGUAUUGUCAACACAAGUACAAGUUUGUGGCCAAGAAGUACUGCCCUCCGUCAAUACCUCCAGAGUUCUUCCACCACCCGAGCAACUAGAAGUACAAGUUCACAGUUCGAUGUAUGUUGCUUUUUGUGGAGUUGCUGAGGCUCAUUCCGGUCACUCCCUACGCAUAUUUGAUUGCAAGUUGCUGCUGUGAGAUAAUCAGUUAGCUCUGAUUUGUAUAGUUCUUCAGAACUCACCAGAAGUUGGCCUUGUACAAAGAUUGUCUGCGCUGCAAUUGUUGUUGUAUAGAUACUUUGGUCCACACUAUAAGAGAUACAUAGUCAGAAACCUUACCUAUACAUGCUUUUAAACCUU